GCGUCAUUAAUUAGAGCACAGUAAUCUGUGGAUUAUUCUUCUGAACGGGACGCUUUCACGUGAAUUGUUUUAUUUAGAAGAGAACGUUUCCGGUAAGCCGGCCUGUGUCUAUCUGUGAAUGCGAUACGUUAACGCUAUUUGUUUUACGUCACUCUCGGUUAAUGUUUAUCACGUUGACCAUGUAGUUGGUGCGUGUUAUUAGUGUGCUUCUCAGGUCGCUCUUCGAAUCCACCACAGAAAUUAUGCUCUCUUUUGCCUGGAUCUCAGCUCUAGUCGUGGGUAUGUUUUCUGCUCAUGUUUUGCAGACCCUUUUUUUCCCCUACUUUUGGAAAGAUUUUUUCUUUCUUUUGAGUCUAAUCCGGUUUGGUGUGAAACUGGAGCUGUUCAGGCUGACUUCUAGAGUCUGUACAGUCCUGGACAGGUUCAUUCAACAGGCGCAUCGUAUCCCCGACAAGCCUUUUAUCAUUUAUGAAGGGAGCGUCCACACCUACAAGGAUAUUGAGGAGCGCUGCAACAGGCUGGCAAAUGUUUUCCUCCAGAAACUCAAGAUAACCAAAGGCGACUGCGUUGCCAUGCUCAUGAACAACGAGCCCGACUUCGUCUGCGUUUGGUUUGGAUUGGCAAAGGUCGGCUGUCCUGUUGCUUUUCUGAAUACAAACAUUAAAUCUAGAUCGUUGUUGCAUUGCAUCAACUGCUGUGGAGCCAAAGCUGUAAUAGUGGGCGCAGAUUUAGUAGAGUGUGUUCAUGGUAUCAUAAGUGACCUACUGGAGGACAACAUUCAGGUGUGGACAAUGAAGAGCCAUUGUGGGGACACAAGUGUGGAGUCGGUGAUUGAUCACAUAGAUGCUGCCACUGACAAACCUGUACCAGCAAGUUUACGUGCCACCACCUCUCUUAAAUCCCCUACCCUCUACAUCUUCACCUCUGGAACUACUGGGCUUCCUAAGGCAGCAGUAAUCACUCACCUCCAAAGCUUGAAGGCAGCGGGAGGAUUCUGGGCAUUUGGUGUGACUGAAAAUGAUGUGAUAUAUAUACCUCUGCCGCUUUACCACAGUGCAGCUUCACUGCUUGGUAUAGGAGGAACCAUUGCUCUUGGUGCAACAUGCAUUCUAAAGAAGAAGUUCUCAGUCUCACAAUUCUGGACUGACUGUCGAAAAUAUAAUGCAACAGUUUUCCAGUAUAUUGGUGAACUGUGCAGAUACCUCUGCAAACAGCCAAAGACAGAGAUUGACAAGGUCCACUCGGUGCGGAUGGGAGUCGGGAAUGGGCUGCGUCAGGAUGUCUGGCAGGAGUUCCAUAGACGCUUUGGAAACAUAAAAAUGUGCGAGGUGUAUGGCUCCACUGAGGGAAACCUUUGUUUCAUGAAUUACAUGGGCAAGAUUGGCACAGUGGGGCGUUCCAACUUCAUCUACAGGCUCCUGCUCAAAUAUGAUCUGGUGAAGUAUGACAUGAUGAAAGAUGAGCCAAUGAAAGAUCAAUAUGGUUUCUGUCAGCGAGUAAAAAAAGGCGAGACAGGGCUUUUGCUAUCUAAAGUAAGUGCCGUAACCCCUUUCUUUGGGUACGCCGGAAGCAAGCAGCUGACUGAACAGAAGUUGAUAAGGAACGUGUUUGUCAAGGGAGAUGCCUACUUUAACACAGGUGACCUGAUGGCUGAAGAUAGUGAUGGUUUCAUCUCUUUCAAAGACAGAGUUGGAGACACCUAUAGGUGGAAAGGUGAAAAUGUAGCAACAACAGAGGUGGCAGAAAGCCUUGGGUCAGUUGAUUUUAUCCAAGAAGUCAAUGUGUAUGGUGUGGAAAUACCAGGGCAUGAGGGAAGAGCUGGAAUGGCUGCCAUGAUUUUAAAACCAGGCUUCAUGUUUGACGGGAACACACUUUUUAAACAUGUGGUGAUGGAGCUACCCACGUAUGCUCGACCCGUCUUCUUAAGACUUCAGGCUCCCAAGGCCGCAGGGAGAGCCACAAGCCUUCCCAUCCAUCCUGCCCUUCCAGUCGGCGCCUCAACAUGUACAUGUCAGGCUCACAAAGGCAUCAGGACACACAAAGGCACACCACAGUCAGGACCGGCCCAACCCAGCCGCCCCUCCCAUCCAGUCUGCGCCGCCCGGAGCCUAUCUCCUGCACCUCAGCCCGUGAUCCCUGGGAGAGAUUCACUCCCUCGUCCUUGUCGGAUCCUGACUGUGUACCUUUCCCCUCUGCUUCACCAGCUCUGCCUCCUGUGAGAGAUCCGCGUUCUUGACCACCGGUGUGCCUCGCCCCUCCUCCCACACAUAACAAUAACAAACAUUUGUGAAAAUCACACAUUAAUUCAUGGCUCUGAAAAAUAUGUGAAAAUUACAAGUACAUUUGUGGAUCUGAAAAACACGUGAAGACCGCGGAUGUGUUUGUGUGAAUAAGUUUGACACAAAUCUCUUCCUAUAUCAGACAACUUAGGAUACAACAUAAUCAAUAGAAUGGACCUUUUCAAUCUAGACCGAGAAACAUCCAUAGUCUAAAAGAGAAUACAGUAUGCUUAAACAAAUACAAUGGUCAGAAACCACUUGUGGCCUAUAAGCCUACAUAAAUCCACAAGUGUCCGAGUUCCACUCUGAAAUGUUCAAUGAUAAAUGUGUGCAUUAUAUUUUUUAACCUUUCCAUAUUGUAUUGAAUUCACAUUGAAAAAAUAAAUGCUUGAAGCAAAAA